CCCGCCAUUUUCUCUCCCGAAACAGACGCGGUUCCAAGAGAAGCAAACAGCAAGCGUGCGGGAGCGAUCGAUCUUUCGACGACGUCGAGUCCAUGGCUAGGGCGACGGUGAUGGUGCUCGCGGCGGCGCUCUUCGUGCUCCUCCUCGCGUCGGCGGCCUCCGUGGCCGGUGCCGGCCGGGCUGACCCGGCGGAGGGAGCGGCGGCCGGUACGGUCUCUCCCCACCAGAAGGAGGGAGCGGAGACGGUGGCCGUGGAAGGUGGCUGCGAGGGGGCAAACGAUGAGGACGAGUGCUCGGCGAGGAGGACGCUCGCCGCGCACACCGACUACAUCUACACCCAGGAGCAUCACAACUAAUCCUGGCGUGCGUGCGUGCAUGCAUGCAGCGGAGCUCCGGAGUACAUCUACACCCAGGACCCAGGAGCAUCACAACUGAUGCAAUAAUGUCACAGGUUAUAUAUUUUUUCCGAAUAAUGUCGUAGGUUAUAUGGAAAUUUCCUAAGAAACAGACCAGUUCUCAAUCAGGAAAAAACUCUGGAGUUCUAAUAAACAGGUCCUUCCUGUCAUGAUUCAUACCGAUAACUUGGAGCUCGAGUUCCUCGCGAUUUACAACAGCAUACAAAAUUUCUGCUGAUCUCGAUUUAAAGUUUGAAUUUUUUUGAUCAAACAGUCUGUACGAUCGACGCUCUUGCCAACAGA